AUGGAGCCGGCAUCACUUCGCAGACAUACACAACGCGGAACCUAUGACAUUGAAUCCGCGAAGGCUGUGUUUGACGACUGUUUUACAGCCCAUGUAUCCUACGUCGAUAAAGGUCUUCCACAAUGCCUGCCCAUGAUUGCGUUGGUGAUGAAAGAAGAAGCCGAAGAAGCCGAUGGCUUAGAGCAUGGUCCUGCACCCCUGCUUGAGGAAGGUAAUACUGUCGUAUACCUGCAUGGGCAUCCAGGUACCAGGAUAGUAGAGUUAGCGAGGGAGGCUAGCUUGGAACCGGUCAAAGUGUGCAUCGUAGCCACAAAAGUCGAUGGUCUUGUGCUCUCCUCGGCCCCUAACGGCCAUACGUUCAACUACCGCUCGGCGGUAAUUCAUGGAACAUGCACCCUGGUCAAAAGCAAGGCCAUCAAGCGCAUCGUGAUGCGUGCUGUCACCAAUCAUAUUGUGCCCAACCGAUGGGAGGAAGUAAACCCAGUGGCUUCGUACCAGAUCAGUUUGGUCUCCGUGAUCAAGGUCAGCAUCGAUAGUUUGUCCGUCAAAACUCGCACUGGUCCACCCGGAAUUCAACCAAGAGACAGAGAAGUCGACGGGCCGGACAAUGAGAACCCUCCGUGGGUGGGCGUCGUCCCGGUGUGGGAACUGUUAGGAGAUCCAGCAGAGCCCGGAUUGAUUCCUGGAGGCAGGGUAUCCGAAAACCUAAGAGGACACAUUGAGAGAAGGAACAAUAAGCAGCAGGCUCAUUCAAGACUAGUAGCGGGUUAA